CUGAAAAGCUCGGCUAUAUGUGGUCAUAUUUUCACUUUAUGGCAUGUAAACCAUCUGCUUUGUGAUGAGUGCGGCUGCCGAAUUCAAGAAGAAGAGAAGUUUGAAGAAAGAGAAGGUUUUAUAGUGUGUCGUCACUGCUACCUUAACGGCAGGAAUCCACGGUGUGCAGACUGCUUUGAUGGCAUCGAUGUGAAAUACGUAGAAGCUGCGGAUAUGAUUCAUCAUAGAACUUGCUUCCAGUGCACAAUCUGCCUGCAACCGUUGAGCCGCCAUUUUGUGGAGAAUGACCGAGGUCUUCCUAUGCAUCGCCAGUGUUAUUGGAAAGAGCUUCUUUACAAAGAAAUUGUCACGUCUUUCACUUCAAACAGAUAA